AUGAUGGUAGGUCUAAAUCAUGGUCCUCUGUCAAGACUGACAAUCUCGAUCAAUGCUCAACUUGCUCAGUUGAGCAGCUCAGUGUUUAGCAUGACGCAAUUAUCGGGAUGUUUGCAUGGACCCAUUUUGAAUCUUGCGGGUGAUAGCAUUGAUUUAGGGUCAGGUGGGUCCAAAACAAAAGCAGAAAUCACGGAGUGGCUUGAUGAUCAAUCGCCAUCGUCGGUUGUGUUCCUAUGCUUCGGGAGCAUGGGAAGUUUCGAUGAGGAUCAGGUGAAAGAGAUUGCUUGUGCGCUCAAGCAGAGUGGGCAUCGGUUCUUAUGGUCCCUACGUCAACCUCCACCAAAGGGUCAGUUCGCCAUACAGGGUGACUACACAAAUCCAACGGAUGUGCUGCCAAAAGAAUUUCUCGAUCGAACGGUUAAGAUUGAAAAAGUAAUCGGAUGGACUCCACAAGUGCCCAAAGAAUCUUAA